AUGCUUUUCUGGGACUGUCUGCAGCUGAUGCAACAGGAGCUGGGCCACCUGCUCGCCAGUGUGAGGCGCUUUGAGAAGGGCAGCAUCAUCAAGAUCCGCGUUAAAAACUUCAUGACUUACGACGAGGCAGUUUUCAACCCUGGGCCGCGUCUGAACCUUGUGCUUGCCCCAAACGGCACUGGGAAGAGCUCCCUCACUUGCGCUCUGUGCCUGGGCCUGGCUGGACACCCAAAUAUCCUGGCGCGCGCAGACGACCAAAAGGACUUCAUUCGCAAGGGCACGAAUGAGGCAAUGACGGAAAUCACUCUGUCAUCCGGAAACCCCCUGCGCCCGAUCGUCAUCCACCGGCGGCUCACGCGCGAAAGCUCCAAAUACAAAAUCAAUGGCGUGGACAAGACCAAAGCGGAUGUGCUGAAGGUGCUCAAGGACCUAAACAUCCAGCUGGACAACCUGUGCCAGUUUCUGCCCCAGGAUCGGGUGGCGGCGUUUGCGCUGAUGAAGCCGGGGCAGCUGCUGAUGGAGAGCGAGCGCGCGAUGGGCGACGCGCGGCUGCACAAACUGCACCUCGAACUCAUCGAGGACCGUAACACUCUCAAGACCUACGAGCGGACGGCGGGGGCGCUGCAGCGGCGGUUGGAGGAGGAGGAGAGGCACAUGGGCGAGCUGCAGCGCGACAAAGAACGCUACGACCAGCGCAGACAGCUCGAGGAGCAGGCGGACCUGCUGGAGAAGAAGAACCUGUACAUGGACUUCCAGGAGGCGCAGGACAAGCUCCGGGAGACCAACGCCAGGCUUGUUCAGGGCAGGCAGCGGCUGCAGGAGAUCAAGGACGAAAUCGCGCGCGACGCGGCGCCCCUUGUGGCAAAGCUGGCUGAGGAGGGCCGUCUGAAGACCAGCGUGCUGUCUCAGAAGAGGGGGCUUAUAGAGAAACAGAACCUGGCGGAAACCUUCAUGAAAAAGUCGGACAACCUGGUGCAGCAGCUGAAGCAGAAGUGGGAUGCCAUUGAUGGGCUGAAGGCUCAGGCAGAGCAGCAGGCGCAGCAGGUUGCCAAGCUGGAGGCUGACGUGGCAAAGCUGCAGGCUGACCUGGACGAGCUACCGGGUGAGUCAUCGGCGUCCACACAGGGCAGCCAGGCGGCGCCCAGCGAAGAGAUCCUGGCCCUCAAGAAACAGGUCGCUGACCUCAACACCGAGGCGCGCGAAUUUGACGGCAAUGUGUAUGAGCUGCGGGACCAGCUCCACACCUGCGAGCAGGAGAUGAAGCACUGGCAAGAGCAACUUGCGCGGCUGGACUCGGUGCGGGACAACAAGCUUCGCUUUUUGGAGCAGCGAAAUCGCGGAAUCACUGCGUUCGCGCACUGGGUGACCGAGAACAAGGCGCGCUUCAAGGGGGAUGUCUACGGACCCAUCCUGUUGGAGGUGACCGUAGCGGACCAGCAACAUGCCAAGUACCUGGAGCAGCAGCUGCCUGGGCACAUCUGGACGCGGUUUGUGACUGUGUACCGGGAGGAUCAGGACGAGCUGCGGAGGGAGGCGCAGCGGCGUAAAGUACACAUCACCACCUCCAAUUACACCGGCUCCGUUACGGCCCCUCUGCAGCACCCCGACGGCCCCGCUUCCCAGUAUGCCAACUUUGGCAUCACACACACGCUGGACGAGGUGUUUGAGGCGCCACCGGUGAUCAAGCGUAUCCUCAACGAUGAGUCGUCCAUCACCCGCGCCUAUGUGGGCACAGCGCGCACAGACGUGGAUGCAUUCCUGCGCGCCAAUGCCACCGUCACAAACCUGUACACGCCGGAGAGCAACCACCGCAUCCGCGUCAGUCUCUACAACUCAGCCGCGCGCAGCCAGCAGGUGAAAGCCAUCAAGCAGCAGUGCGACUGGCUGGGAGGCGCGCGAGACGACAAGGACGAGCCCGCGAGUAUCGACAAAGGCAUCCGGGAGACCCAGCAGGCGAUGGAUGCCAUGAAGAGCGAGAUGCAUGCGCUCAACGCUGGCAAGAGAGAGGCAGAAACGAGGGUGGCCGAGAAGAGGAGGGAGUUGAAAAAGCUGGAGGACGCUUUCAACACCAUCAAGCGCAAGCGCCUAAAGUUGGUGAGCUCGCUGAACGGCAAGAAGAAGCUGCUGGCGGACGUUAAAAAGAAGCCGGACCCGCUGUCGCGAGAGCCGGGCCUGCGCCGCGACGUCGACCGCUUCAACACCCAGUGCCACAACCUGGUGCAGAAGGUGGCGGUCGAUCUGAAGGCGCAGUGGACGGCCAUGACGCAGCACGCCUGCAGCGAGGCGCACCUUUUGGAGCUGCAAGCGCAGAUUGCGGCCCUACGUGAUCGCAACCAGGGCAGCAACGACCGCCAGCGGAAAUUGGAGAAUUUGCUGGUGCAGCUGCAGCACGGCAAGGAACUGGACCUCAAGGAACUCAAGCGGCGCAAGAAGAUAGCGAACGAUGCGUGCGAGCUGACGAACGAGAUAAGGGAGCAGUUCCAGGCGCUGCCGGCGGAUCGAGAUGAGCUGCGCGCGCGGAUGGACGACCUGCACCGCCAGGCAGCCGCCAUCCAAUGCGCCAACCCCCGCGUAAUGCAGGAGUAUGAGGACCGGUUGGCGCGCAUCCGCACGCUGCGAGAGGACGUGGGCAAAGAGACCGACAUGCUCCAGGGCCUCACCGCCGCACUCGAGGCCAAGAAGGCGCAAUGGCUGCCGGAGCUGCAGCGCAUGGUGGGGGUGAUAAACGCGCAGUUUGGGCGCAACCUGCGGUCCAUGGGGUGUGCGGGCGAGGUGUCGCUCUUCUGCGGCUGCGAGGCCGGCUUUGACGCCUGCAACAACUUCGACAAGUACGCGGUGCACAUCCGCGUCCGCUUCAGGGACGAUGAGGAGCUGCAGCUGCUGACGGCCAAUCGGCAGUCCGGUGGCGAGCGCUCCGUCUGCACCAUUCUCUACAUCAUCGCCCUGCAGCACGUGACGGUGUGCCCCUUCCGGGUGGUGGACGAGAUCAACCAGGGCAUGGACCAGAUCAACGAGCGCAAGGUGUUUGUGCAGAUGGUGGAGGCUGCGUGCCGGGAGGGGACUCCCCAGUGUUUCAUGUUCACGCCCAAGCUGCUGCCGGACCUGCCCUACACGCGCGACGUCUACCCCAUGUCCAUCUUCAAUGGAGUCCUCGCUGAGCCGCUCACCGACAACUUCCAGGAGGACUCCUUUGUGGCAGGCAUGCCGGUGGUGUACAAGGGAUAG